AUGGUCGUGUUUGCUCUGUGGGUCCAGGAAGAUGAGUCCCGUCUGAGCCCACAUGAGAACAAAAAUUCAGCUGGUCUUGAGGUUGACGAUCCUGCGCUGGACGUGUCAAAUUAUCAAACAACUCAAUCAUGGACCGCGUGUGAGGAUCUGGCCACCAAUGGCAAAGACAAUCAUGAUUUUAUGGAUGCAGGGGAAUUGAAUACAGAGGACAACGCAUUCAGUGACCAUGAGCUGGACUCAUGUGCGAGUGACCUUGACACGUCAUCUGAUUUAUCCGAUGAGGCCAACAGCAAAGAUUUUGAGCUAUCAGCAGAAGACCUGGAUUUAAUGCGCGAGCUGGGCAGGGUUGGCGAUGGAGACUUAGCAAGUACCACACCUCGACCACAUGUGGAUAGGAGUUGGUGGCCCUUCCGGACGAAAGAAGUGUGUUUACAGUUAAUCCCCGUUCAUGAUGCUUGCUUAUUUUAUAUCUUCUGUCAGUACAUGAUUGCUUCACUAGUCAUUGGAUACGCCCACGCAAUACUCUCGCAGAGCAUCUACGACCGCAUCCGUUCAAUGUUUUCAUUGGUACACGUCAUCCUACCUGAUUGGACAACAAACCGACGUGAGAAAAAAAAACACCGGGAUUUGCUACAGAUGGAUGUGAAAAAGUCUUACUCAAUCCUGGGGAACCCUACGUACGCCCUAAGCAUCCAGAAGAUUCUUGCGCAGGAAGUUGGAAAUCCUUUGGUCACACAGGCAAUGGAUUACUAUCCCGAAGAUGCGAGGGGCAAAAAUAUAUUCAAGUUAUCUCAAUCCAAAAAAUGGCUCGAGGAUAUGGACCCGGAUUCCAGAGCCCCAAUGGUUCGAACCUCAAACGGAGAUUUCUAUCUAUUUGAGCCGGUUCAACUGUCCAACGAUUCCGUUGUCGUUCCCAUUUUUUUUUAUAAAAGAGAUGUCGCUCACGAAAUCAAUAUCUCUGAAUUUUAUUGUGCGUUUCCAAAUAUUGCCGGACCGGAUGGACUCAUGCUAUCUCAGCGAUGUCAGGGUCGACUUUAUGAGCUGGGUGAUCACAUGACCUUGAUACAUUUACUGCCUAAUCCAUGGAGGAACCACGCAAAAGGAAGGAUGAUUCGACACAUGCCCAUCACCUUGUAUUGUGAUGACACCUCAGGAAAUCAGUCAAAACGAUGGAACAAACAUGUCCCGUUUUAUUUCACACUGUCUGGACUACCCCCAAACUGGAGCAACCAACAAUAUAACUGUCAUUAUCUCAUCACAUCAAAUGUUGCAAAUGUGAUGGAGCUUGCUGGCCCAAUCGUGGAUGAAAUGAACCAAUUGUCAACCACCAGAGCUGUUGCAUGGGAUGCUGGCCUAACGGAAGAGGUCCUCCUGACAUCAAAUGUCCUGUGCUUCCUGGGGGAUUCCCCAAUGCAUGCUGAGGCAACCAGUACCCCAAUACCUGCCAAUUCACUCCAAGCAUUCCGUGCAUGUGAUCUUUCGUCAGUCAGUGUCAAGGAUAAGGCCACUAUUGAUUAUGUCUGUUCGUUCACCAUGCUUGAUUCCUCUGGCCUUUGGAUUAAUAAUCCCAAGAGGUCGUGGGCCAAAAUCAUUGAGAAUUGUUACCACAUAUGGCACAAGUCGGAGAAGCCUUGGACAAAAACAGCUGUUGGUGAGGAGAUUACAAAGUUAGGUGUGAGGGACGUCCUGAACACCUCCAUCAUUGAUCGGAGGUAUGAAAUAUUGGCCAAAAAGGACGCGGCCACAGCAGAGGAUGUCCAAUUUGUUCAGGGGCUCAAAAACUUGGACCAGGGAGGAAAGGAGGCUUUGUUCAGUCCUUUUUUCCAACUUAAAGGCUUUGAUGGGUGUGCUGACACCCCAGUAGAGGUGCUCCAUGUUUUCCUCCUUGGGAUUGUCAAAUACAUGUUGCGAUCAUUCAUGAAAUCCCUCACGGCUGGUGUCCUCCCAGAAGUCAUGGCCCGAUAUGAAUCGUUUGACACCAAAGGAUUGAAUGUCCCAUCAUUGCGGCCUUACUACCUCACCAAACAUUACAGCAACCUCAUUGGAAAGGACUUCAAGGUAGCUCUUCAGGCAGCCCCCUUUGUUUUGUUUGAAUACAUGUUGGAGGACAAGCGCUUGGUAUGGUCAGCAUUGUGUCAACUUGCUCCGUUGGUGUUCCAGACACACAUUGCAGACAUGGAUGUGUAUCAAAUCAGCCUACGACAGCUAGUCCGGGUUUUCAUCUAUCACCUCAUCAAGAGCACUGCGCAAUGGGUCAACAAGCCCAAAAUUCACAUGCUACUUCACCUUGCUGACUCAAUUCUCCGCUUUGGACCAGCUGCUUUAUUUGCGACGGAAAAGUUUGAGAGCUACAAUGGUGUCUUACGGAAAUCCUCAAUUCAUUCCAAUCGUCAGAGCCCUGGGAAGGAUAUUGGUAUCUCCUUUGCAAACUUCCGAAAUCUACGUCACCUAGUCUCUGGGGGGUACUUCUUCAACCGCAUUGCCAACACGUACCAAACUGCAUCUGCCAAGGUCCUCGAACUGUUUGCAAACAGUCCUUCAGUUCAAAAGUCAAUGGGUUACAACGCCAAAAAUCUGGACAAUCCAAUUCCCUUCAAACCAACUGUGGGGGGGCGCAGAAUUCGUAAGGCCAACAACGUGACCAUUCCUUCUGACCUGACCACUCAACUUCCAGGUCAUGCAUUCAAGCAAUUGCCAGGCAUCCACAUCACAAGGAAGGAUCUACUGUCUGUUGGUUCUUUUGUUCUUUUCAAAUCCAACCAGGGCGCCUUGUUGGAGUUGGGGCAAAUUGAUCAUAUGUGGGAAGCACAGAAGGAAAGGAGGGCCAAAUUUGUAGUAUGUCUCACCCCAUUCGAGUUCGGUGGCAUCAGUAAAUUCUAUAACAUGAGGGAGACGAGGAGGGGUGGUCAGGGGAGGAUUGUAGGAAUUCAAGACGUGGUUUCUACACUGAAUGUUCAGCACAAUUGCCACAAGGGCCGAUGCUCCAUUGACUUGACCAACUCACAGGGACUAUUCAGGGGUACCGGUGGAGGCGGUUGA